AUGUCUGCGAAAAGUGUGAGAGGCGAAGGCGGCAAGAGGCCGGCCAGCGCCGCAACCAACUUGAUUGCUGGAGGCGGGGCUGGUAUGAUGGAGGCUCUCGCGUGUCAUCCGCUCGACACGAUCAAAGUGAGAAUGCAGCUGUCGAGAAGAGGAAGGGUGCCCGGCCAGAAGAAGCGAGGUUUCGUUCAGACGGGAAAAGACAUUAUCAAACGAGAAACCUUCUUUGGUCUGUACAAGGGUCUAGGUGCUGUUCUCACGGGCAUCGUUCCCAAGAUGGCCAUCCGGUUCACCUCCUAUGAAUGGUACAAGCAAUUCCUUGCAGAUGAGAACGGUGUUGUCAGCUCGAAGGCAACUUUUCUGGCCGGGUUGGGCGCUGGUGUGACGGAGGCCGUGGCCGUGGUAACGCCCAUGGAAGUGGUCAAAAUUCGAAUGCAGGCCCAAUACCACAGUUUAUCCGAUCCGCUCGACGUCCCUAAAUACCGAAGCGCUCCUCACGCCCUUUUGACCGUUGUCCGAGAGGAAGGCGUCGGCGCCCUAUAUCGCGGUGUGUCGUUGACUGCGCUGAGACAAGGCACGAAUCAAGCGGUGAAUUUCACAGCAUACUCCGAGCUGAAAGAGUUCCUGCAAACGUUACAGCCACAGUACGAGGGCAAGAACCUGCCGGGUUACCAGACAACUCUCAUCGGAUUGAUCUCGGGCGCCAUGGGUCCUUUCUCCAAUGCACCCAUCGAUACCAUCAAGACACGGUUACAAAAGACGCCCGCGGAGCCGGGCCAGACUGCCAUGUCCCGCAUCAUGGCCAUUUCGAGAGACAUGUUCAAGCAGGAAGGUGCUCGAGCCUUCUACAAGGGUAUCACGCCCCGAGUAAUGCGAGUGGCUCCUGGUCAAGCUGUCACGUUCACCGUGUACGAGUAUCUGAAGAAAAAGUUGGAGGACAGCAGUUGGGCGAUUGUGGGAGGAACAUACGAAGAAUGA